UAAGAAGGCUUUUUGACCACAUAACGUGGUCCAUCAUCAAUUGCUGUAUUAGUUAGUAUUUUAGUCUUCUUCAAUCAGUCUCUCCCUCUUUCUUGCCUCUCUCUAUGCGACCGUGAUUGCCUUGCGACUGUGAUCACCUUUGGAUUGUGUUAUUUGCAACUGUGAACUUGUUAUUGCAACUCCAAUAAUCUGCUGCUGUCACUACUUCUGUUGGUCAAUAUGGACGUGGCUGUUUCUGCAAUUGGAUUUGAAGGCUAUGAAAAGAGGCUAGAAAUCACUUAUUUUGAGCCGGGCAUCUUUGAUGAUCCUGAAGGGAGGGGCCUUCGAUCUCUGUCAAAGCCUCAGUUGGAUGAGAUUCUUGGACCGGCCGAGUGCACCAUUGUUGAUUCGCUAUCAAAUGAGCAUGUGGACUCCUAUGUCCUCUCUGAGUCUAGCCUCUUUGUAUAUCCUUACAAGAUCAUCAUUAAGACCUGUGGGACUACAAAAUUACUCCUUUCAAUCCCAGCUAUCCUGAAGUUGGCUGAUACCCUUUCUCUAAAUGUGAGAUCUGUGAGGUAUACUCGUGGGAGCUUCAUUUUCCCUGGAGCUCAGUCCUAUCCUCAUGGCAGUUUCUCCGAAGAAAUUGCUGUCCUGGAUGGCUACUUCGGCAAGCUUGGUUUGGGAAGCAAGGCUUACAUAAUGGGUGGUCUGGACAAACCACAGAAAUGGCAUGUUUACUCUGCAUCUGCAGAUUCGGCUCUCUCUCGUGACCUUAUUUACACUAUUGAGAUGUGCAUGACUGGCUUGGACAGGGAGAAGGCUUCUGUGUUUUACAAAACCCAAUCAUCUUCAGCAGCAGCAAUGACUGAAGAUUCUGGAAUAAGAAAGAUUCUACCUGCCUCUAAUAUAUGUGAUUUUGAGUUCGAACCUUGUGGUUACUCCAUGAAUUCAAUUGAAGGAGCUGCAAUCUCUACCAUCCAUGUUACUCCGGAAGAUGGUUUCAGUUAUGCAAGCUUUGAAGCUGCAGGAUAUGAUCUGAAAGAUGCGAGCCUUAACCAGUUAGUUGAUAGGGUGUUGGCUUGUUUCCAAGCAACCGAAUUCUCCAUUGCUGUGCAUGCUGAUGUUGCUGGAGAACAACUUGAGCGGAUUUGUUCCCUGGAUGUCAAGGGAUACUGUCGUGGAGAGAGGAGCCAUGGAGAGCUUGGUAUGGGUGGUUCCAUUAUCUACCAGAAGUUUGUUAGGUCUGGGAAUGCUGAUUCUCCUAGAUCAAUCCUUAAAUGCUGCUGGAAAGAGGAAGAAGAUUAUUAGUUCCAUGUUUAAGUAUUUCCUUGUUGUCCGUGUCUAUGAAUUGAAUAGAAAAAUUUGCUUCGCCAUACCCCGAGGACUGCCAUUGUAGGAAUUAUUCUGUCUUUUUUUUUUUAAAAAAAAAAAACUCUCAGCAGCUCUUGGUAGUCAUAGGCAAGGAUAUUGCCAGUGCGCUGUCUUGGUUUUAGUCAUUGUCUUCAAAUAAGAGUCUGGAGCUUGGAUCCUGACUAAUUAUGAUGUUAUUCUGUUCGACCGGUUUUCUGGUAUUGGAUUUGAAGAAUUUUCUGAUCA